UUCUAAAUCUGUUAUACUUCCACACCAGGUUGUCUACAUCCUUCCAAAUUCCUGCAACUCAAAACCAAAAAAGGCACACACCCAGAAAAGCUUCUUUUCACACCACCCUUUUCUUCUUCUCUAUCUCUCUAGAACUCUCUUUCUCUCUCCUCAAAGCUAAAACAAUGGCUACAAUUUCAGACAUAUCAGUAUCAGCAUUCAUAAACAUAAUCACUGCUUUGGCAUUCUUGCUUGCAUUUGCACUCCUCAGACUUCAACCCAUAAAUGACAGAGUUUACUUCCCCAAAUGGUACUUCAAAGGCCAAAGAAAAGACCCAGCUUUUAGAAAUUUUGUGGGGAAAUUUGUUAAUCUUGAUGUCAAAACUUAUUUUACCUUUCUCAAUUGGAUGCCUGAAGCUCUCAAAAUGUCUGAAACUAAGCUUAUUGAACAUGCUGGCCUUGAUUCUGCUGUUUUUCUCCGGAUUUACACACUUGGCUUGAAAAUUUUCCUGCCUAUGAUGAUUUUAGCACUCGUGGUACUUGUACCGGUAAAUGUAUCUGGAGGAACAUUGUUUUUUCUGCGGAAAGAGCUCGUUACAAGCGAUAUUGACAAGCUUUCUAUAUCAAACGUCCCUCCUAAAUCAUAUAGGUUUUUUGUGCAUAUUGGAAUGCAAUAUCUGUUUACAUUUUGGACUUGUUUCAUGCUCUACAAGGAGUAUGAUACAGUUGCAUCAAUGAGAUUACGAUUUUUGGCUUCCCAGCAAAGGCGUGCUGAACAAUAUACAGUGUUAGUCAGAAAUGUGCCACGUGUCUCAGGCCGCACAAUCUCAGAUUCUGUUGAUAUAUUUUUCAAGAAAAAUCAUCGUGAUACCUACCUAUGCCACCAGGCUGUAUACAAUGCGAACAAGUUUGCCAAACUUGUGAGGCAAAGGGAUAAACUCAAAAAUUGGUUGGACUACAACCAACUUAAGUUUGAAAGAAAGCCAGAGAAAAGGCCGAAAACAAAGACAGGAUUUCUAGGUCUUUGGGGCGAAAAAGUUGAUUCCAUUGACUACUACAAAGAGCACUUGAAGCAGUUAGAGAAAAAAAUGACAAUGGAGCGUGAGAGAAUUCUUGAACACCAAAAGUCCGUUCUGCCGGUUGCUUUUGUUUCUUUCAAUUCACGGUGGGGUGCAGCUGUAUGCGCGCAGACAGAACAAAGUAAAAACCCUACAUCGUGGUUGACAAGCUGGGCACCUGAACCUCGAGAUGUUUAUUGGCGCAACCUAGCCAUACCAUUUGUUUCUCUCACUAUCCGGAAAUUUGUGAUUGGAGUAACUGUUUUCGCCCUGGUUUUUUUCUACAUGAUACCCAUUGCUUUUGUGCAAUCUCUUGCAAAUCUUGAAGCUUUGGAAAGAGUUGUUCCUUUCCUGAGGCCUGUCAUUGAAAUGCCAAUCAUCAAGUCUUUUCUACAAGGUUUCCUUCCCGGUCUAGCACUUAAAAUCUUCUUGUACGUUCUUCCAGCUCUUUUGAUGCUCAUGUCAAAGAUUGAAGGACACGUGGCUUACUCUAAACUUGAGCGUAGAGCUGCAGCAAAAUACUAUUAUUUUAUGUUGGUGAAUGUAUUUUUGGGAAGCAUAGUAACCGGAACAGCUUUGGGUCAACUUGAUGCUUUCAUCCAUCAACCACCUGGCCAGAUUCCGAGAAAUAUUGGUGUAUCAAUACCAAUGAAGGCUACCUUUUUCAUUACAUAUAUAAUGGUGGAUGGUUGGGCUGGCAUUGCGAGUGAGAUUCUCCGGUUGAAGCCGCUUGUCAUUUUUCAUUUGAAAAACAUGUUUAUAGUUAAAACUGAUCGCGAUAGAGAUAGGGCGAUGGAUCCUGGAAGUGUUGAUUUUCCAGAGACUCUUCCGAGCCUGCAACUUUAUUUCCUUCUUGGGGUUGUCUAUGCCGUGAUUACUCCAAUACUCCUGCCUUUCAUAAUCGUGUUCUUUCUCUUUGCUUUCCUCGUUUACCGUCAUCAGAUAAUCAAUGUGUAUAAUCAACGUUAUGAAAGCGCAGCUGCGUUUUGGCCACAUGUUCACAGUCGCAUCAUUGCUAGUCUUCUGAUAUCACAGUUGCUUUUAAUGGGGCUUCUCAGCACAAAGAAGGCUGCUAAGUCUACUCCAUUUCUUAUCAUUCUGCCAAUACUUACCUUCGCUUUCCACAAAUACUGCAAGAGUCGAUUUGAGCCUGCAUUCAACAAGUACCCUCUUGAGGAAGCAACCGAAAAGGACGAGCAAGAGCAAACCGAGGGAGCUGAAGAAAACCUAAAACCCUACCUCGCCGAUGCAUAUUUACACCCAAUAUUCCACUCUUUCGAGGAAGUUGAGUUGAUCGAAGAGGUUAAAGUCGAUGCAGUUCGAGUUGACAAGCACCACGCACACGCCUCAAUCCCCGAAGCUCGAGUAGAAGAAAUAUCCGUUGCUUCUCCUCCGCCACAGCCACCUCAAUAUUACAGUUACGAUCAAGAUUUCCAUUCUUAUAACUAUUACCAUCAUCAUGAAGUGCAAUCUUCACAGUAUGAGCAUCAUUAUCAAGGUUGAUUUCUUAAAAAUAUGGUUAACAAUUAAAAGAGCAACCUAAUUAACCAUUGGAUUAUUAAUUAAGUUCUUAGUUUUGUGAAACUAAGGCUUCAUUGAUGUAAUUUCACCCUCCUCACUCCCUGUUUAAUUAGAUUCCAAUGUAGUUAUCAUCUGAUUAGUGUAAAUGAUUAGUUGUAGUCCUUACCUAAGGCGGACGAUGUAUAACUUCAACCAGUAAUACUAUGUAGAAUGUAGAUGUUUUGGAGGA